AUGGGAGGUGUGGGAGAUGAAGAACCAGCCACAAAACGCAUGAAAUUAUCCCCUGGACAAUUGAGAGGUCUAUCCAACGGUUCAUCUAUUACAGAGCCUGUAGCUGGCUCUUCAAGAGACUUGAUGGCUCGGCCCCUAACAUCUGAAGGGGACGAAGAGGUUGUUGGUUCAAAAGGAGUUAUUAAGAGGGUGGAAUUUGUCCGACUAAUAGCAAAGGCACUAUAUUCUCUUGGCUAUAAGAAAAGUGGUGCUCAUUUGGAAGAAGAGUCUGGGAUACCGUUGCACUCUUCUGUGGUAACUCUUUUUAUGCAGCAAAUUCUGGACGGAAAUUGGGAUGGAAGUGUCGACACAUUGCAAAAAAUUGGUCUAUCAGAUGAAAACGUUACUAAAUCGGCCUCCUUUAUGAUAUUGGAGCAGAAGUUCUUUGAACUUCUAGAUGACGAAAAAGACAUGGAUGCACUGAAGACAUUGAGGACUGAGAUUGUACCUCUCUGCAUCAAUGGUAGUAGAGUUCGUGAGCUUUCUUCCUGCAUAGUUUCGCCUUCAUUUGGUGGGACUCCUGGUAAAAACAUUGCAAGGGCCAAGUCUCGGCCAAAGUUACUGGAAGACUUGCAGAAACUGCUUCCCCCAACAGUUAUGAUACUUGAAAGACGGUUGGAACAUUUGGUUGAACAGGCCCUAGUCUUACAACGUGAUGCUUGCAUUUUUCACAACUCCUUGAACGAGGAAAUGUCUUUGUACACUGAUCAUCGAUGUGGGAGAGAUCAGAUUCCUUCUCGAACAUUACAGAUAUUACAAGCACACAGUGACGAAGUCUGGUUUCUGCAAUUUUCACACAAUGGGAAGUACUUAGCUUCAUCAUCAAGUGAUCGAUUAGCAAUCAUAUGGGAGGUUGAUGUGAAUGGUUGUGUUUCUUUAAAGCAUAGACUAUCUGGUCACCAGAAACCUGUUUCCAUAGUUUCAUGGAGUCCUGAUGACCAUCAGCUCCUCACCUGUGGAGUGGAGGAGGUGGUCAGGCGUUGGGAUGUUUCUUCUGGUGAAUGCCUCCAUGUUUAUGAAAAACCUGGUCUUGGUCUGGUGUCCUGUGGAUGGUUUCCAGAUGGAAAAUGGAUAUUCUCUGGUGUCAGUGACAAGAGUAUCUGCAUGUGGGAGUUAGAUGGGAAGGAGCUGGAGUGCUGGAAAGGCCAACGAACUUUACGAAUCUCUGAUUUGGAGAUAACCAGUGAUGGGAAGCAAAUUAUAAGUACUUGUAGAGAUAAUGCUAUAUUACUACUUGACAGGGAAGCCAAAGUUGAGAUAUUGAUUGAAGAGGAUCAAACUAUAACUUCUUUUUCAUUAUCAAGAGAUAAUAGGUUCUUGUUGGUUAAUCUUCUGAACCAAGAAAUCCAUCUCUGGAGCAUAGAAGGUGAAAUCAAGCUUGUUGCUAAGUACAAAGGUCACAAACGCACCCGAUUUGUUAUCAGGUCUUGUUUUGGUGGACUUGAACAAGCUUUCAUCGCUAGUGGUAGUGAGGAUUCACAGGUUUACGUAUGGCAUAGAGGAUCAGGGGAGCUCAUAGAGGCAUUGCCGGGUCAUUCUGGAGCUGUUAAUUGUGUCAGCUGGAAUCCAACAAACACACACAUGUUAGCCUCAGCCAGUGAUGACCGUACAAUUCGAAUAUGGGGCCUAAAGGAGCUAAAAGUGAAACACAGGGAUGCACACAGCAAUGGCGUCCAUUAUUGCAAUGGGGGAACUUGA